CAGACCCGUUCUCGGGGUCACCGUGGUCCCCGAAUCCAGCUUUUGCCAUGAGGGGGUUACAGCCGGCGGGGAGUGGGCUCGUUGCGAGUUGCUCGCUUUAAUAUUAAAGGCUGGACAUGAAAUGCUGAGUGUGCACUCUUUGCUGCCACCCUUUAACACUGUGAUCAAGGACACACCUGCUCAGAUUUGGGACCAUGGCUAUUGACUGGAUUGGUUUUGCAUAUGCUUCGUUGCUGGCUUUUGGAGGUGUUGUAGGAUACACUCGUAAAGGUAGCAAAAUCUCUUUAGCUGCUGGCCUCACCUUUGGUUCUGUGGCUGGUUAUGGAGCUUACUGCGUAACAUGUGAUCCGAGAAAUGUGAAGAUAUCAUUGUUUUCAUCUUUUCUUUUGACCAUUAUAAUGGGAAUGAGGUUCAAGAGGUCCAAGAAAUUAAUGCCAGCCGGACUAGUAGCAUGCCUGAGUCUUUUGAUGAUUUUGAGGCUUGUUUUUAUGCUGCUGUAGCAGAAUUUAGCAACUCAAGACAUGAGUAUGACUGCCGUGCCCACCGAACAAACAGACAUGCUCUCCAUAUUUUAAAACAAGUCUGAACACAAAUCUUACAUUGCAUUUAUCUUUUCUGUAAAAGAUCUGUACCUGUUAUUUGAUUGACAUGGGCUGAUAUUUUGCAAGCUUUUUUUAAAAACUAAAACAAAUGUUUUGUUGAUAUAUUUUGAUCUACUUCCAUUAAGCAGUCUGUUAACUCAAGGAAUCUUUCUCUGUAAGUUUGAUCUCUUUUCAGGGUGCUGAGCACCCCAGGAAAUUGAAUUAGUCUUGCACUGUAUCUCUGAGAGAAGAAUAUAUAUAAAUACAUCUUUAUGCUAAAAAGGUAUCUUGUAUUGAAGCAUAAUUUUGUAGUUUGUCUAUUAAAUAAUCAGUUCUAAAUCAAUAAAGUCUCGGGCCUGUACUGUGUUGCACUAGAAAACCCUAACCCUUCCUUUCAAACACUUCUUAUUCCACUGAGUCCAAAUCUAAAACCUAUUAUCAGUGUUCAAAUAAAAUGUAAAGUGUUCGAAACUUCUCAAGUUUUUAUGCAGCUGAGUGAGACUGUUCAAUGAAGAGCCUGGUGAUCUGCUUUGUACUCUAGUGGUUUAAAACAUAUAUCAUGCUGUAAAUUGCCACUGACACGAACCACAGCUGAGGAAUGUUUGCCAUCCUGCAGAAAGAGGUUCCAAACUCUCAGUACUCUUGAACAGGUUUGCUGUUCCAGUCUUAUUGAAGCAAAGGAGACUGUUCAGUCAUAAAAUAUUCAGGAUUAAAGUUGCUUUGUUUUACAUACAAAAUAAAUAUUUCCUGGGUCUCAAA